CUUCAUUUGAUAAGGACCUUGCAAACACGAAUCAAAUGAUAAGUAUACUUCAGACUCAGUAUUAAGUUUAUAAAUCAAAGCUGCCAGACUAUUGAUUCGUGGUUUAGGGUUUAGGUACUGUUACGUAUCAGACAGUAUCAGUCACUUCUCAGGUAACCUGAAAUCGAACCGUUUUGUCUGUGCGUACACAGAAAGUAUCAUUUCAGACGUGACGUAUAUUUUAAAUUGCCCAAUUUACGGGAUAUGCCGUGAUUCGCUAAGUGGUAAACGCUGAAAGUAAACAGUGGUAGAUAAAGGAGCGUCGCGCGUAGGCGGGGCCCUGACUGGCAGUCAGUUGGCGCCUGCGCGUUGGCCCAGCACGGUGGAACGCCAGCGCGACCGGUUGACCCACUCCGGCUCAGUCCCUCGUCAUCUGUUCAGCGUUUGGCCGUGGCCAUGAACAGCCGACAACUCCGACGACUGGCUACCGCCGCCAGGCCCCUAAAACCUUCCCCGUGUCUUCGCGUCCGAAAUUACAGUCAAGUGAGACCCGUCUAUGUAAUCGAUAAACAUAAAUGGCGGAACUCGGCGCCGACGUUCUACGCCGUUCAAACCAUCGAUAUGAGACCUUACUCGUUCGUGCACAACGUUGAUCCCGUCUUGGUUCGCGAAGGUUCUCACAGAAAUGCCGACGACGUCCUAUUUGAUAUGUUCAAGAAUGAAGACACGGGACUUAUGCCAGUUGGAAAGUUUUUGGCCGCCUUGAGAACCACCGGGAUAAGAAAGAACGAUUCUCGCGUGAAAGAAGUAAUGCACAAUCUAUACAAAGUACAUAAAGAACAAAAUUUCGAAGGAGGCUCCCCAGAAACGCUGAAGCUAGAUAGAAAAACAUUUAAGGAAGUGAUUGCUCCCAACAUUGUUUUGAUUACGAGGGCAUUCCGCAGUCAGUUUGUCAUUCCUGACUUCCAAGACUUCAUAAAGGAUAUUGAGGAGAUGUACUGGGCUGCAAAGAGCAACACCGAUGGAAAAGUGGCCAGUUACAUACCGCAGCUGGCUCGGGCCAACCCAGACUGUUGGGGAGUCAGCGUCUGCACAAUCGACGGCCAAAGAUUCUCUAUUGGUGACGUGACUGUCCCAUUCACACUACAGUCCACGAGUAAGCCCCUGACUUACGCAAUGGCGCUCGAAACUCUGGGACCUGAUGUGGUGCACAAAUAUGUUGGCACGGAGCCCAGCGGACGGAACUUCAAUGAACUCGUCUUGGACUACAAUAUGAAACCGCACAACCCGAUGAUCAACGCUGGUGCAAUUUUAUUAUGCUCAUUACUGAAAACCUUGGACAAGCCCGAAAUGACUCUCGCUGAAAAGUUCGACUACGUCAUGUCAUUCUUUAGUCGCCUUGCGGGAAAUGAGGUGUUGGGUUUCAAUAAUGCAGUAUUUCUGUCCGAGAGAGAGGCAGCUGACAGAAACUAUGCGCUGGGAUUUUACAUGCGCGAGCAUAAAUGCUAUCCGGAAAAGACAAAUCUUCGGGAAUGCAUGGAUUUCUAUUUCCAGUGUUGUUCCAUGGAGGCAAACUGUGAUAUAAUGUCGAUAAUGGCAGCGACCCUCGCAAACGGAGGAAUAUGCCCAAUCACGGACGAGAAAGUUUUGCGUCCAGACUCUGUCCGUAACGUUCUGUCCCUGAUGCACAGCUGCGGAAUGUACGACUACUCGGGACAGUUCGCCUUCAAAGUGGGAUUGCCUGCAAAAUCUGGAGUUUCGGGAGCUAUGCUUAUUGUUGUCCCCAAUGUAAUGGGCAUCUGCACUUGGUCUCCGCCUUUGGAUCCUCUAGGAAACAGCUGCAGGGGUCUUCAGUUCUGUGACGCCCUAAUAGAGCGAUUCAAUUUCCAUAAAUACGACAAUAUCCGCUACGCGAGUCAUAAAAAGGAUCCAAGACGGUACAAGUUUGAAACCACCGGUCUCAGUAUUGUGAAUCUGUUAUUCUCAGCGGCAAGUGGAGACCUUAGUGCUCUAAGAAGGCACCACUUAUCUGGAAUGGACAUGACAUUAUCGGACUACGACGGCCGCACUGCUCUGCAUUUAGCGGCGGCUGAAGGGCACCUAGCGUGUGUAGACUUCCUCUUAGCCCAAUGCGCGGUGCCCCAUGACCCCCGCGACCGCUGGGGCAGCCGCCCUCUAAACGAGGCCGAAACAUUCGGCCACACUGCCGUAGUCAAUUACCUCAAGGAUUGGGAACGCACACAUCCUCAUAACGAGGCUACUGACGCUCCACCGUCUUCUGUAGACGAUUUAUUAGAAGCAAAACCCGACGCCAACGACGCCGUCAAAGACCCAAGUAUACAAGAGAUCGUUUCGAGGAAUGGUGAUAAAGUACAGUAGAGAAUCUCAAUGCUUGAAUUUAUAAUCUCAUUAAACAAUGGCCAGUUAUUAUAUUAGAUACAUGUAUUUGCAAUUUGUAAUGUAUACUGUGGAAUACUAUUUAAACUUAUACAAGUAGUAGGCUGCACAGUCAGAUAUUUAUGUUGAAAAGUCUGUUCUUUCUAAUUUAUAUCUGCUUAAUGUGAUACAAGCAAAGCUGUUACUGUUCUAUUUACAUGUGACUCGCAUUCUUUCUGGCUGUAUAAGUAAUCUAAUGGGUGGUAAUCCUAAGGUGGGUUUUGAAAUAUGACAUAUUUAACAUUCCAUUAAAUAAUAUCCACCCAAGUUAAACAAUUUUCAAACAAGAUACUAGGGCAAGUGACCCGGUUGUGGCCACCGACCCCUUUGUGGCCAUUUAGAACUUCAAAUCGUUAUAACUAAGGCAAAGACUAAUAUAUUACUCUAUGGUUUACGGGAAUAAAAAUAUCUAAUAUUAGCAACACUGAUAGCGUUAACAGCUUUGAUGUGUCAAGCUUCACUUCAAUCCAACAAGUCAUUACUUUUUGAGAAGCGUUAAUUGUUUUAAGUCUUAGCAAAAAGGCUAAGGCGAGCGGGUGAGUAAACAAUCAUUAUUUUCUAAAUCCUUUUUAUUUUUUUAAAUGUUUAUGUUAAUCCUUAAUAAAGAAUACACUGUCUAUGUGGUACUAAUGAUAUUUUAUCGCUAUUUGUUUAGUAAGUGGGUUUAUGAGAGGUGGCCACUAAUGGAGCCAGAAUGAAUGAAUUUUCCCAUCUUUGGCCACAUGACUGGCCAAAAGUGGUGCACGUAGAACCCCACUUUUGGCCAUUUAGUUUUUAUCGUGAUUUUUCAAUUUAAUUACUUAGCUAUUUUGAUAUAAGUAAUCGAUUCAUUUUCAGAGUUACGAUUAUAAUGCCUCCAUCGAAACCAAAUACUAAAAAAAUCGGUGUUGUGAAAAGAAAAUUGUUCCAGUACUAACCGCAUAAACUUAUAAGGUUAGGUAUAUAGGUUAAUGUUGAUCUCCUUAUUUGUAAUUUCAAUUCAAGCUGAGAUAUUAUAUUUCAUACUAGCGGCCGCCCACGACUUCGUACGCGUGGAUCCCGUUUUACCCCCUUCAUCUAUCUUACGCGGUUUAGAUUUUUUCGUACAAAUGUUUUUUCCCGCUAACUCCCGUUCCCGUGGGAAUUUUGCAAUAUCCUGUUGUAACUAAGCUUUAAGUUUACUAAGGUACCUACAUCCCAAAUUUCAAGCGUCUAACUUAAGCGGUUUAGAUUUUUCAUACAAAAGGAUUUUCCCGCUAAUUCCUGUUCCCGUGGGAAUUCCUAAGUAUACUAUAACCUGCCCAGGAGUAUGAAAAAUAAUUGUACCAAGUUUCGUUAAAAUCCGUCGAGUAGUUUUUGUUUUUUUUUAAUGAAUUUUGAUGGCCAGAACUGGCACAUGACUGUGGCCAGAAAUGGGGUAAAGCUGGCCAAAAAUGGCACAAAUUCCCAUUCCUUUUUAUUUCUACAGGAUUAUUUUUCCAUUGAAUCAUUAUGAAAAAAAAUGUAUCCUUAGGCUAGAUCUAAAUAUAUUUAAUCACUUUUUACAAGAAAUAAGUCCGUGAUAACAAAAACUGUAAAAUGAUAUAGCCUCAAAGUCUAAAAAAUUCUUAAAAUGGCCAAAACCGGGUCACCUGCCCUAUGUGGUUUUUUAAAAUGUCUGUUGUUAUAAUAGUUAGUAGUUUGGAGUGUAGAAGCUUUGUUCAUUCUCACUCAAAAUAGUUUCCCUAACAAUGUAAACAAUUAUAAAAGGAGUGUUAAACAUUUUUGAUAGAGAUAUUAAAAUAUCAUAUUCAGACAAUAAAUAGAUAUUUUAAAAAAUGUUGUAAUGAUUAUACUAGAGGUUGUUCCCAGCCAGUCACAUUAUAAAUGUUGUCCAUGUAUAAAUAAGUCAAUUAAAUGAUUUAUGUAUUCAUUA